UUCUAUUCUCUUCUCUCUAAAGUCUUAAGUAUAACCUAAAAUGGCUAAGAUAAUCAUCUUAUUAUCUCUUAAGCUCGUAGUUUUCCUUACCAUGUUUCCAUUAUGCGCUAAUGCAGCUACUUAUAAUGUACUAGAUUUUGGGGCAAAACCAAAUAAUGGAACUGAUUCGACGAAACCUUUCUUACAAGUAUGGUCUUUAGCUUGCAGGUCUGUAGCACCAGCAACAAUGUGGAUACCUCGUGGAACUUAUUUGGUUAACACAAUCGCUUUUGGUGGUCCUUGUAAAAGUGCAAGAGUUACAGUUCAAAUUGAUGGUAAAAUUCAGGCGCCUCCUAGGAAUUAUUGGGACAUUGGUAAUUACGGCAACUGGGUAUUAUUCCAAGGCAUUGAUGGUUUAACCAUUAACGGUGGGAUUCUGGAUGCACGCGGAUCUCAGUUGUGGGAUUGCAAGAGAUCUGGUGCAAAUUGCCCACAAGGUGCUACGUCGCUGACGUUCAACAGUAUCAAAAAUGGCAGAGUCAGUGGUAUUGUAUCUGUUGAUAGCCAAAGGGCUCAUAUAGCUAUCAAUGGUUGCAAUAAUAUGAAGGUUAAAAAGGUGAUUCUUAUUGCACCUGAUCAAAGCCCUAACACAGAUGGUAUAGAUAUACAAUCAUCAACUGGUGUAACAAUCAUUGAUUCAAGCAUCAGAACAGGUGAUGAUUGUAUUGCGAUUGGUCCUGGCACCAAAAAUGUACUGGUUCAACGCGUAGCAUGUGGACCUGGACAUGGAAUUAGUAUAGGAAGUUUGGCCAGAAAUCCGAACGAAGCAGGGGUGGAAGGAAUUACAGUAAAAGAUGUAACCUUCACUGGAUCGGAUAAUGGAUUACGGAUCAAAACAUGGCCGAAACCAAGUGAUGGUUUCGUAAAAAACGUUCUUUAUCAAAACAUCAUUAUGAAUAAUGUUAGGAACCCUAUCAUUAUUGAUCAGAUUUAUUGCCCCGGUACCAAGGGCUGCUCUGACCAGAAUUCUGGAGUCAAGAUCAGUGGGGUGACAUACUUAAAUAUAAGUGGAACAUCGGCAACACCAAUUGCCAUUAGAUUUCAUUGUAGUGCAACUACCCCGUGCAACCGAAUCAAAUUACACAAUGUCAAUCUCACCUAUUCAAAACAACCUGCCAAGACCUUUUGUUUCAGCGCCCUUGGAACAUCUUCAGUGGGACAACUUGGUGCAUCCUUAUCAGUAGGACUUGGAACGUCGUUAUUAUCAGUAGGACGACCUUCUCCUGGAAGUUGUUUCUAG